GGAGAACGGGGCAGUUAGGGUAGUGUAUAUGUUGGCACUAUCGAUAUUGAGAUAUGUUUUAAUGAAACCUAAGUAUAGGAAAAAUUCACGCUUACGCAACCCGAAAAUCUCCAUCGUUUAAAAAAAAAAUCAUUAAAAAAGUCCUAAGGGUUCAGUAAUAAAUGAAACAAUAAUUUUGGCGCCUUAAAAUCGUGUCAUCAGCUUUGACAGAUUUUUUCAAUUUACGGGUUUCAGAAAUGGAAUAAAACUUUCAACAAAUAAUAUUCUUGAAGGAAAUUCUUUCCUCUUUCAAUCUGAUAUUUGAGUUUAUUAUUUCUCCUUAGAGGAGUUACUGAAAAAUCAAUUUGAUUAACGACACCUAUUCUUGAGGCAAAAUGGCCUGGCAACGUUGGGGCAGUUUGCGGGUAUAAAAUCUCUGUCGUCUAAUGUCAAAAUGGUGAGUCUUAAAAAGUCUGUCAAUUUUUGUUAAAGAUGGUUAGGCAUUACAUUAGAAAAACUGAACGUUGUAUGUAUCCAGAUGGUUACAUUUUGAAAGCUGUUAAGAAAGUUGUUGCUGAGAAACAAAAAGUAUGUGAUGUUUCCAAAGCAACCUCCAUCCCAAAAAGAUCUAUACUGAGAUAUGUCAAAAAUUUCUUGGCUGCUGGAAUUCAAGAUGAAGCUGAAGCAACUACAAGCAUUGGGGGUUACCAAAAACCUCGUAAGGUUUUCAGCAGCGAACAAGAAAGCAAUCUUAGCAGUUACGUCAAAAGGGCCAGUGACAUUUAUCAUGGAAUCACUACCACAGACAUGAGAAGAUUGGCUUAUCAGUACGCUACCCAAGAAAAAUGUAUUGUCCCUCUUUCUUGUCUGCCUUGCAGUAUCUGCCACAGGAACGUCUAUUCCACCAUAUUAUGUCUUUCCACGGAAUAUUUCCUCAAUGGUGCCCCUCUUGGUUCUGUUGGAUCAGCCAAUAAGUCUGGCUGGAUGUCAGACAAAGAUUUUGUUUUGUUCAUGAAACAUUUCAUACAAAACGUUCGGCCUUCGAAAGAGAACGAAGUUGUUUUAUUUCUCGACAACCACUCCUCUCAUCUGUCGAUCGAGGUAUUAAAUUUGGCGAAAGACAACGGAGUGGUCAUGAUAACUUUCCCUCCGCAUUGUUCUCAUAAGCUUCAACCCCUUGACAGAAGUGUGUUUGGUCCAUUUAAAAGAUACUACAAUUCGUAUUGCAGUUCAUGGAUGAAGGACCAUCCAGGAAAACCUAUGAGCAUACACAACAUCGCAGAGCUGGUUGGAUUAGCCUUCCCGCUUGCAACAACACCAGCAAACAUCACGUCUGGGUUUAGAGUGGCCGGGCUAGUCCCAUUUAAUAGAUUUAUCUUCGAUGGUGACGUCGACUUUGCUCCAUCUUUCGUCACGGAUCGUCCUUUUAAUUCAUCACCAGUCCCUCCUAUUGAUGACUUCAUAGAAAUCCCAGCAUCCAACGAUAACAUCGUCGAAGAAGGCCAAACUCCCGUUCCAGUCCAAAAAGACCAAACUCCCGUUCCAGAGAACCACAUCGAGGCCAAUGUUUCAACUACAAUUCUACCCGACUUGGACAACAUUGUGGUUAUUUUCGAAGAAGAUCCUUUGGCGACAGUUGAAAACGUUAAUAUUUCACUAGAUGUUCAAAACGGAGAGACAUUUGACCUGAGAGGUGUUCUCGAGGAGGAUUCCAAUAGAAAUCCAGUGGAAAUUAUGAGACCCUACCCUAAAGCUGGACCGAGGAAAGGAAGCAGCACCGGCCGAAAACGAAGCACUGCCAUCCUAACUGACACACCUGUUAAGGCCCAGCUGGAGAAGGAGAAGAUGGCCACUGAUGCGAAGAAAAACAAACUUGGCAAAGUCAGAAGAAAGUUAAAUCCAACACCAGUGAAAAAAACUGCCAGAAAGUCAAGAAGAGCAAACCAAGAAAACAACAACCCAACCAUUCCUUUGCAAAAUUUACCCAGACCCUCUUCCAGUGCUCAAAAUUUACCCAGACCCUCUUCCAGUGCUCAAAAUGGAUUAACUGAUUCUUGUUUCUGUAUUAUGUGUCAAGAGAGUUUCUCUGAAAGCAGGCCCGGUGAAAAAUGGGUGCAAUGUGUGAAAUGUUUGUUGUGGGCCCACGAAAACUGUGUGACCAAGAGUAAGCGGUUUUUAUGUUUCGAUUGUUCUUAGUUUUGUUGAUGAAUGGCCAAUUUAAUUUGUGAUUUUCAAUUUACUGAUGUAUCGUUAACAUUUCCACAAA